UUUGCAGAGCCCCAGCUGAAGGGCAUCGUCACGCGGCUCUACUGCAGACACGGCUUCUACCUCCAGAUGCUGCCGGAUGGCACCAUGGAAGGCACAAAGGACGAAAGCAGCUCCUUCUUGCAGUUCAACUUGAUUCCUGUGGGGCUCAGGAUAGUGGCCAUCCAGAGCACCAAGACGGGGCUCUACGUUGCCAUGAACAGCGAGGGCUACCUCUACACUUCGGAACACUUCACACCUGAGUGCAAGUUUAAGGAGUGUGUGUUUGAGAACUACUACGUCACCUACUCGUCCAUCCUGUACAGACAGACCCAGUCGGGACGGGCGUGGUACAUCGGCAUCAACCGGGACGGACAAGUUAUGAAGGGGAACCGAGUCAAGAAGACCAAGGGAGCUGCUCACUUCCUGCCCAAACUUAUUGAAGUCGCCAUGUACAGGGAGCCCUCUCUACAUGACGUCGCUGAGCAGAGUCCACCCAGAAAAACGCCCAAGACCUCCAGUGACUCGCCCGUGCUCCAGAACGGCAAGAAAGACCCUCAGUCCAAAACCAAAACCUCCUCCUCCUAGCGCUCAGAGACACUGGGGUGGAGGAGGGGUGGAUGACACGGGGCGAUGGGCACCAGCGGACACCUGAACAAGGUUGUUAGGGCUACCCGCCACCUGCUGCCUGUAACACUGACCCCACAAUGCACUGCUGUGAACGUUGGAGAACGGGGAACAGGUCCAGGCCAAUGGGAAACCCCCUUUUACCUUCACAGACCCUUCCCCCCCGAACCCAUCCACACCAGCCCUCCACCUUCUUAUUGAAUAACCUCUGUGAUUCGCAGAGCCUGGGAUAUACAAGCAAUAACUCCAUGAAGAGGUGAACAGUGGCCUAGUGUUGUAUAGCAUGUCAUCACAGCGUGUUCAAAGCAGCUGGAAGGAGAUCCCACAUGCCUUCUAGCCAUCAUCAGCGACAUCCUUCCAGUCAACCAAAUAUCCAAGCAAAGUCUUCCUGGUACCACAAUGGGUGCGACGGGCAAAUCCGUCCCUCUGCAGCACAUACUUUACAAAUGGGUUGUGUUUUUAUUUCCCUGAAGGGUUUCAUGCUAAUGUUAGCUUGACAUGGAGUCACUCGAAUGCGAGGCUGUCACAGGGACCCUUGCAGACUUUGGUUCUGCAGCCAUCUGCUCAGUCCACAUCUUCUGUGUGUGUCAGCAAAUUUUGCGAGAUGGCCUGAAUACUUGUCAGCCCUGUUUGUGUCUGUGAGUGAGUGUGUAUGUGUGUGUGUGUGUGACUGCAUGUACGCGUGUGUUCCCUUUUUCUUCUAUUCACCUUUGGCACGAUUUGAUUAGUUUGUGACAUGGACUCAAUUUUCCACUCUGCGGCACAAGAAAACCCCUCCCGUCCUCUCUGGCUCUGUUAAUGGAGUCUGGGGCUGAUCAGAAUCUUUCGACCCUUAAACGAGGGGCCAAGAGCUCCCUCGGCACACCACAUAACCACACAGACACACACACACACACACACACACACACACACACACACACACACACACACACACACACACACACACACACACACACACACACAAGCUCAUUUACACAAUGACAUUUACAAACACGCGCAGAGGUGUGUGUGUGUGUGUGUGUGUGUGUACUGCACGCACACACUUCAGCCGUCCCGAUGUCCAUGAGCGACGACUGCGGAAAACCAUCUCUCGACUUAGCACACUUAACACAAUGACACGCGUUAACACACACACACUCAUGAAUGCUCGCAUACGUGUCGACACGGCAGCGAGUGUGUAGGCCGGUUCUGGGAGAUGAUGAGGAUAUUAUCAGUGAGAUGGGAUAGUGAUGGAGCCUGACUGUGUAGCUUGUGAUUGCAGUGCAAUAGCUUUUUUCACUGUGGCUGGUCAUGCAUUGCAUAAACCCUCAAGGUCCUCACAGUAUGUGCAGACCCUCUUUGUCAGUGUGGCAUUCUUGGCAUCAAAAUAUAGAGAUGAAAUAUGCUUUUAUUUGGUUAUUGCAUCCAGAAUGUGCUGCCGUAUUAUAGCGGAUUUUUAAAGAAACUGCUUCUGCAGAUUACUUGCCGCCCCGUCACUGUCUACAAGACACAAAUAUCCUUCGUGCUGUGUUCCUGCCAUAAAAUACACCUUUGGAGUCUUGGGGAAACAGCCGUCUAGUGUCCUGACCUAAUUUAUCCUGCCAAAUUAGUAACCCAAACUUGAUCCAAAUCCAUAUGACUUGCUAAUUCUUUGCAGAUUUCAAGCAUAUAUAUAUUGUGUUUACACCACAAAAUUGCCCCAAAUGGACUCAAAAAUGUCAAUAUGCAGGUGAAUGAUGGUGACACAGCUUCGUGAACACCCCUGAAAACAAAUGAUAAUCCUCAAAAAAUGCCUUUUGAUUCCUAUUUAUACAAAAUUCACUGAAAAAUGUGUGUGCAUAGUCACAUGUAUAAUGUCCUGUUGGUAUAAAGGUUUCUACAGAAUCAAUAUAGAGAAACAAUUUGUGUGUAAUAUAUGAUAAAUACACUACCAGUCAAGUUUCUUUCUCAUUCAGUGGUGUUUAUUGAAUUAUUUUCUACAUUGUAGAUUAAUACUGAAGACAUCAAAACUAUAAAAUAUUACAUAUGGAAUCAUGUUGCAUACAAAAAAUGUUAAUAUUCAGUAUUAAUUUAGAAAAUAAUGCAAAUAAAUUUUAAAAAAGCACUGAAUGAGAAGGUGCGUCCAAACUUUUGACUGGUAAUGCAUUUCAUAUAGAAUUGGAAUCAGACUCACUAUAAAGAAUUAAUUUAAGUUAUUCCACAAAUCAUUUUUGCUUGUUAAUACCUGGUGCCUGCUUUUACCCACAAUGCAGUUCAGCAGGUUUCAAUUUUAUGUAUGUUGCACUAGUAGUGGCUAAUACAGCCUCAGUAUUCUAGCUUCAAGCAGAGGGGAGCAGGAGGCUACAGUGGUGUGGUAAGCUAGCUAGCUUUCAAACUCAAGCUAUCCAGAAAAAUAAUAAAAUAAUCACACAGUUUAGCAGAUGAUUAUGCUGAUGUUUUCUUCUGUAAUAAAUUAAUAAAAAAUGUAAAAAUAAAAAAAUAAAAUAGCCCAGUCUGGGAAGCAGAAUGGACAGUAGGGCUGAAUUGCAUUAUGGGAAGUGUAGGAUCCAGGGUUUUCUUGCACUGUAUUCAAAUUAAGGAAUGAAAGUCAGGAUAUCUCGGCAUCCGCUGCAUUGAUUUCAACCAUUCCUUUUUUAAUCUAACUUUCACAACCCCCCAAACUUUUUAGAAGUGCAAUACUAAAUCACUGGGGUGAUCCUUUAAGUCUUUAUUUGCUCUUGUGCAACAGCAUGGUUUCACACAUUCACUUUAAAGCCACUAGUUUUUACUGAGAUUCUGUUUUGAAAUGUUAUCUUAUGAGUCGAGGUAAAUCUCUCCGGGAAGUUUUGGUUUUGUUGCAAAGAGGAAUUUCAAGCCUCAGUCCUUGCACUGUUAUUAAUGAGAGUUCAUAUAUUAUUACAUGAUGUGACUGUUCUGUUUUGUUCUGAGGAAAAAUAGGAAACCAAAGUCAUAUAAAAGUAAUGAAGCUGACAGCUGUAGAGGUGGAGGAUUCUUGAAACAGAAAGAUACAAGUGUUAGCUUUUGCUUUGAUCACAUUUUUGUCAGCGUUUAUUCGGCACACUCUCCUGGUAAAGGAAGUCACUAGCAAUAUGUAAUAUUUACUACUUCAGUCUUCUCUUUCAGGAGACCUUGUUUUUUUUUUUCUUUUUUGCAUUUCCAUUUGUUGUUUCCAUUCAACACGAAAAGCAAUCAUUUUUCAUAUCAAACUUUCUUGAUACAAUAUGCCAGGCGGGGUAAUUGUUUCCGCCUAAUGUUUAUGUAUUGUGGGAAGCGAGGGAGUCCUGUGUGUUCAGGAGGUAGAGGCUAGGCGAGAUUGAUGAUCAGGCCUCGGAGAGAGGGACCCAACAAAGGGAAAGGAAAGAAAGGAGUAGAUUUUUUGGGAGUGUAAUUAACGAUGAUGAGCAGAACAAAAAGAGAUUUAAGAGGGAAUUAUGGUAAUGUGGACAGUGUUCCCUGCACAUUUGCACACACUCCUCCUUCCGUGCAUAAUCCUCUGCUCUCCCUGAACCUGUGGUUGUAAAUAAUAAUAGCUGAUAACCCGAUCAGGACGGAGGCGAGGCGCAAAGUAAUCUGCUACCUGAGAGAGGAAGGGAAGUGCAUCUGAGGAGAGUUUAUUUUCAAAGGGAGUAGAGAGUGGUCAAAUGAGGACUUAAAGGAAAGGAAGGAAGAAUAAACAGAAGGAGGUGCUUUAUAAUUUCAUCUUUCUUUUUAAUUUAUUCAACACAGGCUACUGUUAAAACCUCCCAUUCUCACUCAAGACCUUAAUUAAACUGUUAAAUAGACCUUCAGGUUGGUGUGUUUGACCAGACACCCCCUAUGGAUCGCUAAAUCCAGAACACAGUGUUUGACUAUUAUUUGCAAAGUAAUUAGGCAAAUGUUUAAUUAAAUGAGGGCUCCUGCCUACUGGAAUAGAAUUAAAGUCUGUCUCGGACUAGAUACUGUUAGAUGGGAGGAGAGGAGGAAUUCAGCAAAAAAAAUCAAAUAAGACUUCUGUGACAUCGUGUAUUUUAAGGGCUGGGAAAUCUAUGUUGCAAUAUUUUUUUAAUGUACGUGUCAUGACUGUUGUGUUCGGAAUUCAAUCAGGGGAGCGAGAAAGACGUUGCAUUAUGGGAAAUGUAGGAUUUGGCUGUUUUGGAGCUGAUUGUGAGGAUAUUUUGACCAAUUCUGCUUCAAUUUUGCCUUUAAUCUGGAACUUUCUGAAGCUGAAAUUCACUGAAAAACCCCUUUAACAGUUCGAUAAAUAAACACAUUUUAUUUGUUUGCAGUAUUUGAAGGGCUGCAAUCUUUUCAUACCAGGCCUCAAACUCUGUGUAGAGAAGUGAGCGUUUUAUUAGAGGAGCUCUUUUCACUUCCAACAGCCCGACGUCAGUCAACACUGACAUCUAGUGAGUGAUGGCUUCAUAUCUCACUUCACUAUUAUUGAGAUAUUCAUACUGCAGCUGUGUGUGUGUGUGUGUGUGUGUGUGUGUGCAUGGAUUCAGCAAUUAAACGUUACAAAUGAUCUAUCAGCCACUUCAAGCUGUGUCUCAUCGUUCCACUGUAGAAUAUGCAGAUGAAUCAGCCUUUUUAUGCCAGUUUGAGGACUGUUAUUUGAAUUGUCGGAUCCGUUUGUGGCUUAAAGAAUGAAUAUUGGUCUCCAUGAUUCUUUCACAUACUAUUAAAUGUUUUCUAUUUUGAGUCAGAAGCUGAGCAGAUAGUAUCUUUUGUAAGCAGAUAAAUGUUAUAAGGUGGGCUAAAAGUGUGAGAAAUAUGUAUCCCGCUCUGUUUGCAGUGUUAUUGAUUUCCAGAAAUUACCAAGUCAUUUGCUGUGAGCAGAGAGUUUGCAUGAUUGCAGAGAUUUGUGUGUGUUUUGCCAUGUUCACACUCUUUGAUUUCACUCUCUCUCUCUCUGAGUUCCUUUUGUUGAAGCCUGAAAUCAGCUUCUCUGUUCCGGCCCGUCUCCUCUCCAGCCUUCAGGCUUCACUUCAAAACGACCGUGCGUGAAUUACAGGAUGUAAAGUUUGCCAUUCAUCUCGGCGGCCGUCUAUCCCAGCACAUGUUUGAUUAGCGACACCUCCCUCCUUUCUCCCCACGCGGCUGAAUUUACUGCUUUUUACUGGCUGAUGAAUGUCUCCGGAUUCAGGCUCUAAAUGUUAAAUAUCGGCCCUUUGGAGAGCUUGGCGUCGCCGUUUCUUUAUAUAUGAAAAGAGAUGGGAGAGGUGUGAAAUGUGUGGAUAUCGGAGGGAGUUAAAUGAUG